CGCUAGCCCUUCCUCCCUCCUGGAGUCCCUGUGUCAUGCCUCUCCCGGUAGCACCUUACUGCUGGGUAUGAAGAGGUUGUCUGUGCAGCUGGUGGACUGCAGGAAAACAACGGGGCUGAGUGGAACUGUGAGAGGAGGAGAAGAGAAGAAAGGAUCAGAUUUGACACAUCAAAGAGAAAGACCAGACUCAGAGGAACCAGGGACGUCCAAACCAACAAGAAGACACCAAUGUUCCCACUGUGGAAAGUGUUUUAACCAGUUAACUGACCUGUACCGACAUGAGAGAAUACACACAGGGGAGAAAUCUUACCACUGCUCGCAGUGUGGAAAGAGUUUUAACCGGUCAGGGGAUCUGAAAAAACACGAGAGAAUACACACAGGGGAGAAGCCUUACCACUGCUCCCAGUGUGGCAAGUGUUUUAACCAGUUUGGGAACCUGAAAACACACGAGAGAAUACACACAGGGGAAAUGCCUUACCACUGCUCCCAGUGUAGAAAGAGUUUUAGCCGUUUAAGGAACUUGAAAGUCCAUGAGCUAAUACACACAGGGGAGAAGCCUUACCACUGCUCCCAGUGUGGCAAGUGUUUUAACCAGUUUUGGAACAUGAAAAAACGCGAGAGAAUACACACAGGUGAGAAGCCUUACCACUGCUCCCAGUGUGGAAAGUGUUUCAACUGGUCAUGGGAUCUAAAAAUACACGAGAGAAUACACACAGGGGAAAUGCCUUACCACUGCUCCCAGUGGUGAAAGAGUUAUAGCCAUUUAAGGAACUUGAAAGCUCAUGAGAGAAUACACACAGGGGAGAAGCCUUACCACUGCUCCCAGUGUGAAAAGUGUUGCAACCGGUCAGGGGAUCUGAAAAAACAUGAGAGAAUACACACAGGGGAGAAGCCUUACCACUGCUCCCGGUGUGGAAUGAGUUGGAAGGAGUUCAAACCAGAAAAGCAACCUCAACCAACAUGAGAUAAUACACAAUGGGGAGAAGCACACAAGAUACCACAGGAAAACUUAUUUGAUCAGAGGUUAGUUUGUUUAAUAAGGAUUGCGCCCCGGAGUUUACACUCAGAAAUUUGCAAGCAAGACACUCAGUUCAAAAGAUGGUGUUUUCCCUUUUAUCCCCUACUGAGGAUCACCCCGCCCAGGGUGAUGUCCCUUAACUUUAAUACCAUAUAAGCUCAUAAUUAAUAGUUGCUAAUACAAAGAUGUCUCUGCUAGGCGGAGUUCAGCUUAUUGCGUUAUUGGCAGUUAGUUUCCCAAUCACUCUUCCCCUUAUUGCUAUCAUGUCAGACUGGAAGUAAGACUGGAACAUAGUAUCAACAGGAACUCUUAGUUCCCUUUAUCCAUCUGUUACCUAAAAUAUAGUUUCUACACACAGACAUUGACUUUGUACAGUUGACCUUUUCAUGCACUUGCAAGGUGUCAACCACUGAUUCUUAAUCUCAAGUUAAAGCAACACAAGAAUCAUUGUACUUUUGUCAUCACAGGUGUUCCUAUAAUGUACAGAUAUCAUCCAAGUUCUUACAAGUCAACUUACACACAGCUCUGACACACACACUUAUCCCACCAGACAUGCCACCGGGGGUCUUUUCACAGUCCCCAAGUUUCCAGAACAAAUUCAAGAAAGCGUACAGUAUUAUAUAGGGCCCUUAUUGCAUGGAACUUCCUUCCAUCUCAUAUUGCUCAAAUAAACAGCAAACCUGGUUUCAAAAACAGACCAAGCAACACCUCACGGCACAACCCCUCUCCCCUAUUUGACCGAGGUAGUUUGUGUGUAUGCAUUGAUAUGUAGGCUACGUGUGCCUUUUACAAAAUGUAUGUAGUUCUGUCCUUGAGCUGUUCUUGUCUAUUGAUGUGCUGUAUUAUGUGUCAUGUUUUGUGUGGACCCCAGGAAGAGUAGCUGCUGCUUUUGCAACAGCUAAUGGGGAUCCUAAUAAAAUACCAAACUCUGUUAUUCUCUCUGAGCUCAGAAAUAAAGAAUCUUGGUUUGA